UACCGUGUGACGCACUACUAGCUAAUAUAACCAAUAUACAAGCCGAUUAAUACAAAUACACCUGAAGGAACUGAAAGUUCCUGUUUCUAUUCUCAUUCGGAAAAAAAUAUCAACCAACGAUUGAACUUCAAAACUUGAUUGCGCUACGACCUGAGUACUUAAACCUUGGGAAAGAAGAUAUUCUAAAUACAAAAGGCUGUGGAAAAGAGUUGGUUGUGUAUUAAGAAUCUUUGCGCUGAUUUCGUGUAGAGCGAUUGAUAUCGCGUCGAUUAAGGAAUAGGGAAGAAAGGCUGGUUGUGUUGAUGAACACUGACGAUGAACAAGAGUGAUAUAAUCAUUCCAGGAGGCAGUGACAGUGGUCGUUCUACUGGUAAUAUCACAACCCCAUGGCAUAUUCCAUUAUCCAUUGCCAUCUACUAUACUAUACUUUCUCCUAUAACCAUCCUCGGCAAUGGUUUCCUUCUUCUGACUUUCAUCAAGAACCAUUCCACAUUCCUUCGUGCGCCAUCCAAUUUCCUUCUGAUGAGCAUGGCAGUAGCUAAUUUUCUCACAGGUCUUGCAGUGGAGCCUUUUGCCGGCUAUUAUUUCUACAUGCUGUAUUUGAAAAGAACCAUGGUUCAGGUUCACAAGAUUGCUGCUGCUACUUCGAUGGUGACCAUGAACGCGUCUGUAUUCAGUAUCUGCGCGUUUUCAUGGGAACACUUUCUCGUUAUUUACCGCCCGGGUCAGUACAAGAAAUGGGUUAACACUCGAAGAAUCAAAAUCUUCAUCGUUUUUCUGUGGUUAUACGAGAUGAUAUUUGCGCUCCUCCCAUUCAUGGACAUCCCAGAAAUCAUAGUCUAUCAAAUAGAUCUUCAUUUCAAUACAACAGUCAUCUCGCUGCUAUUGAUCUGUUCUUACGUCUGCCUUUUCCUUGCUUUGAAGAGACAAAGCCAGCGCGUCUCCAGGUCUUCCGUUAUACGUAAAGCGUCAGAGACCGGUUCACCAGGUCCUACCGACACGGCUAACGCAGGAACAUCAUCGGAUAUGGAGCGACGCGUUCGAUGGAUUAUCUUUCUUUUCACUUUCCUUACCACAGUCCAUUUACUCCCUAUCACAGUAGUAUGGUAUCUUAAAUUCUAUUGCCUGGUAUGUAGUAAGAGUCUUCAGUUGUGGCAAGCCGAGGUUGUCUUGAGUCAGUUUAUUUUUAUCAAGUUUGCACUGGAUCCCAUUGUCUAUGCUUGGAGACUAUCUAAAUAUAGAAGUGCGCUUAGGAAAGCUUUGUGCUGUAGCACUGAAGUCAGAUGUGAAUAACUGGAUCCCAUUGUCUAUGCUUGGAGACUAUCUAAAUACAGAAGUGCUCUUAGGAAAGCUUUGUGCUGUAGCACUGAAGCCAGAAGUGAAUAACGAGGCAUGCAAAACCCUUUCUUGGCGAAAUCGUAGAUUUGGUGGCAGAAGGUGGCAUCAGACGAUCGGCCGCCAUCUUGUUCACCUGGGGUUUUUUUCACUGCAAAAUAACCCUAAACGUUUCAAAUCAAACAGGUAUAUUUGGUUCAACAAAAAUGACAAUAGUCGGUUUAUAAGAUUAAAAGCGAAUAAUAUUUGUACUAUCAAAGAUUAGUAGUCAUACGAGUGGGAGGAAAGUGGCUCACUGUUAGGAUUGAUGACGGUAAUUACUGGCCAUUGUCAUAAAAAAUAGGCUUUACUUCAUAUGGGUUUGAAGAAGAUGAUAUAUGUUGAGUACUUAUGUCAUUACAAAAAUCUAAUUCGAUCUGGCGUCGAGUGCUUUAUUCAUGACCAAUCACAACCUGAGCGAUAGACAUGGAAUCAUUUCAUGAAGGUACACUUUACAUUUUCAAACCUACCCCUUAAGGUGACUCCAACAUAAUUGCGAGUGAAUUUAGCGAUUUUUAACUCGCUCGUAUCGCGUCUAAAGCGCUCGGUAUUUCUGGAUUCAGCACACUGUAGUAGCUCAAAUUUUCAUUAUUGACAUAUCUUUAUUCUAUUCAGGCUCUUGACGGUGUAUUCGAAACCAUAUUUUUUGAGUCGCAAUUAAUGCCAUUACCGGCCGAUUUUCUAACAGUGGUUUUACACAAUAUUGUCCUCCUGUGCGCUUGAUUUCCACGAAACUUCAGAUCCCUGGUAAAUAGAUUGUCAUUAUUCUGUUCUGCCAAUUAUGGGGAAAAUCUAUAGAUAUUGCAAGGAGUUGCGGGACAAAACAGGCCAAAAAAAAAAAAAGAAUAUAGAAAUAUUUGGAUCGAUAGAGUUUAGAGUUACUUUAAUCAACCCUGGUUAUAAAGAGACACAGUUUGUUAUCCAAGGUGGCUGCCAUAUACAUCAGGAGUCUUCCAUCAAUUAUUAUUUCGUUUAUUGGUGAUUUUAAUUACAUUAAGAAAAUAUCAUUCAUAUAUAUCUACAAUAACCUUAAAUUGUGGUUUUCAAAAAACAAAUAAUGUCUAAUGAUAUUGUAAUAAUAUCUUAUUAUAUAUAUGUGUAUUAUGAACUGUCCUAUUAUUGGCCAGCUAUUUAUGGGUGUAUAAGCUAGCUUACCAUUGGCUAGCUAUUUAUAGAUAUGAUUUAAGCCUAUUUACUAUUGGCUGUCUAUUUAUAGAUACAAUUCAAGCUAAUUUCUAUUGGCUAGUAAAAUUUUAGCUGGUUUAUCAUUGGCUUACUAUCUAUAGGUGUAUUUUAGCUUGGCUAUCAUCGAUUGGCCAAGCUUUUAUUAAUCAAUGUUAAGAUGUCAAUUCAUUUAAAGGAUUUUCGAGCAUUACGAUUACUGUUCGACUAUAAACUGAAAAGAAAGAAAAUUUUUUUAAAGCUAAAUGCAUAAUAAACCUUAUAUUGUUCAAAAUCAGCUGAAGUAUUCUAAGUGGAAUACUUCACGAUUAACGAUCCAGUAAUGUAAAUAAGAUCCACAAAUUGUGUUAAAAAACAAUCAACGCCGAAAAGAGUACGUUUUGGCGCAUGCUAAUGAGGUUUAUGAAAUAUAAUACAGUAAUACUCA